GAUGGACGACAGCCAAAUCAACCAAAACCUAGACAAUGACAAAAACGCAGAAAAAUAUAUAUUUUUUUCCAGAUUUUAUUCCACCACCAAAAACUCACCCACAAUCAGAGGACAGUAUCUCAUGACACCAACCACGACAUCUCAGAAAGAGUUAAUUUGAGGUCCUUUGAGACGUAGAAGCGGAAGAUAGACUGCUAGUUAGGGAGAAAUGGCAAUGGCAAUGGCGCUUCGCAAACUCUCCUCCUCCAUUGACAAACCUAUUCGGCCUCUCUUCAAUGCUACAUCGCUUUAUUACAUGUCUUCUUUGCCUGAUGAGGCUGUAUACGACAAGGACAAGUCUCGCGUUAGCUGGCCAAAGCAACUUAAUGCACCUCUUGAGGAGGUUGAUCCAGAGAUGGCUGACAUUAUUGAGCUUGAAAAAGCGCGCCAAUGGAAGGGGCUUGAACUCAUACCCUCGGAGAACUUCACUUCUGUAUCAGUGAUGCAAGCUGUUGGAUCAGUCAUGACCAACAAGUACAGUGAAGGAUAUCCUGGUGCAAGAUACUACGGAGGGAAUGAGUACAUUGACAUGGCAGAAACCUUAUGUCAGAAACGUGCUCUGGAAGCAUUUCGAUUGGAUCCUGCAAAAUGGGGAGUUAAUGUGCAGCCGCUAUCUGGAUCUCCAGCUAAUUUUCAUGUCUAUACUGCAUUGCUAAAACCUCAUGAGAGAAUCAUGGCACUUGAUCUUCCUCAUGGUGGACAUCUUUCUCAUGGCUAUCAGACAGACACCAAAAAGAUAUCUGCAGUGUCUAUAUUUUUCGAGACUAUGCCUUACAGAUUGAAUGAGAGUACUGGGUAUAUUGACUAUGACCAGUUGGAGAAAAGUGCUACUCUCUUCAGGCCAAAGCUAAUUGUGGCUGGUGCAAGUGCUUAUGCACGUUUGUAUGACUAUGCACGCAUUCGCAAGGUUUGCGACAAGCAGAAAGCUAUCUUAUUGGCAGAUAUGGCGCACAUUAGUGGUUUAGUUGCAGCUGGUGUCAUCCCAUCGCCUUUUGACUAUGCUGAUGUAGUGACCACCACCACUCACAAGUCACUCCGUGGACCACGUGGAGCCAUGAUUUUCUACAGGAAGGGGGUAAAAGAGAUUAACAAACAAGGAAAAGAGGUGUUGUAUGAUUAUGAAGACAAAAUCAAUCAGGCAGUCUUUCCUGGACUUCAAGGUGGUCCACAUAAUCAUACAAUAGCUGGAUUGGCUGUUGCACUGAAACAGGCUACCUCUCCAGAGUACAGAGCUUACCAAGAGCAAGUUCUAAGUAAUUGUUCGAAGUUUGCACAGACUCUGGCUGAGAGAGGAUAUGAACUUGUUUCUGGUGGAACUGAUAACCAUUUAGUUUUGGUGAAUUUGAAGAACAAGGGUAUUGAUGGCUCAAGAGUUGAAAAGGUGCUGGAAGCGGUUCAUAUUGCCGCCAACAAAAACACCGUACCUGGAGAUGUGUCUGCUAUGGUUCCUGGAGGCAUCAGAAUGGGUACUCCAGCUCUUACUUCUAGAGGAUUUGUUGAAGAGGACUUUGCUAAGGUAGCAGAAUACUUUGAUGCUGCAGUGAAGUUGGCACUGAAAAUCAAGGCUGAAACACAAGGAACAAAAUUGAAAGACUUCUUGGCCACAGUGCAGUCCUCUUCUAACAUUCAAUCUGAAAUUGCAAAACUCCGCCAUGAUGUUGAGGAGUACGCCAAGCAAUUCCCUACAAUUGGGUUUGAGAAGGAAACCAUGAAGUACAAGAACUAAUAGAGAAGCUCCCUUGGGAAGGGACGGGUAUGAUUUUCCUACUUAAUGGAGGGAGUGCUCGUGGAGUAAAAAUUAAACUUUGUGGGUGGUUUGUCAAGGAUGUGAAUUUGGAGCUUUAUGAGUGUAAGCCCAGCAAACCUUGAUACUUGAAUUCCUGAUGAGAUGAGAUAUAUAUAUAUAUAUAUAUAUAUGUAUGUAUAUACAUGUCCUCCCUAUUUUCAGAGGCAAUAAACUCCAUGGAAAUCAACGUACUUUCUUCUUUCUCAUA